UCCUCUAAGAAAUCGGAUUCAGUGUUGUUUCAAAAAUAGAAAAUAUCUUAGAAUUCCUCAUUACAUAGGAUUCUAGUAUUGAGCAAGUAUUGUUCAGAAAUAGAAACUAUCUUAGAAUCCUCAUUACAUAGGAUUCCUAUUUCAGAAAAAUCCGCAAAAGUUUCCUCAAAUUAUCGGAUUUGUGUACCAAUUUCCUAUAAGCUAUCGGAUUCAGAAUGAAAUUAGGAUGACCCUCAUACCUCUAAAAGAAAACAGGACCCCACAUCCCCACCGAAACCUAAACAUCCAAUUUAGUUUUCUUUCUUUCCUCUUUGGAGUUUUUCUGAUUAAGCCCUAGUUGAUAAGAUCACUGAUCAUCAAUGGAGCAACAGUUUCUGUCGUUGUUUGAGUCAGCAAAGACAUCUGCAGAUGCUGCAGUCACUUCUUCUUCGAUGAUUCCUGAAGUUCAUCGAUGCCUAGCCGCUCUGGGCCAACUCAAGAGGUUCCCUGUAAUAUCAUCUAGGGUUCUUCUUUUCACUCCUGUCGCGAAACAGGUUGAAUGUCUCACAAGACACCCUGUAAAGAUGAUCAAGAAUGCUGCUUCUUGUUUGCUCUAUACUUGGAGAAGAAAACUGUACGCAAGACACCCUACCAUUGAUGGAAAAACUCAGCUGACGAAGUCUGGCGGUGUGUCAAGGAACAGGACUCUCAUUAUCAAGAUGCGCGGAAGAAUACUAGGAAGGGUUGAAGUUCGCAUGCCUAUCAAGGCUGUAAAUAAUGAAGAGAAGAAAAUAAAAGAGACGGAAACGGGUCUCAGCUGUUUCAAGAAACCGCCACUAGUACCUGCCAAGCAAACCAGAAAACCUGAGGAGAAGGUGGAAAAUACAAUAAGCUGUAUCAAGAAACCACUACUUGCACCUGCCAAGAAAAUCAUAAAGCCAGCAGGGAAAGUGGAAAGUAUCAAGAGCGCGGUUUCAAGAAACCACCACAAGCAUCUGCCAAGGGCGUCACAGUGCAAGAGAAAGAAAAAAGUUGCAGUGGUUUCAAGAAACCACCACAAGCAUCUGCCAAGGGCGUCGAAGUGCAAGAGAAAGCAAAAGAAAGAAAAAAGUUUCAGUGGUUUCAAGAAACCACCACAAGCAUCUGCCAAGGGCGUCGCAGUGCAAGAGAAAGAAAAAAGUUUCAGUGGUUUCAAGAAACCACCACAAGCAUCUGCCAAGGGCGUCGCAGUGCAAGAGAAAGAAAAAAGUUUCAGUGGUUUCAAGAAACCACCACAAGCAUCUCCUACGUGCGACACAGCGCAAGAGAAAGUAAAAGGUUUUGGUAGUUUCAAUAAGCCAUCAAAAGAACCUGUCAAGUGCGAUGAUGCUUUACGAGGCAAGGUCCGAUCCAUUCUUGUGGAAUCACUGACCAGAGUUGCCAAGGAAACUGAAGCAGGCUUGAGGAAAGCAGUAAGCUCGCGUGACCCAAUAUGUGUUGCUGCAGCUGUUGAAUCGGUAAUGUUUCAGAAGAUGGGGGCAUUCAAUGGCGCCAAGACAGUGAAGUACAGGUCUGUUCUAUUCAACUUGAAGGAUCCAAAGAAUCCAGAUUUGAGAAGGAAAGUUCUUCUGGGACAGAUUAAGCCAGAGAAACUUGUGACUAUGACAUCAGAAGAGAUGGCAAGCAAUCAUAGGCAAUUCGAGAAUGCACAAAUCCGGAUGAAAUCUUUGCUGAAGGAGAAGAAGAAAGCAGGACAAGAGUACAAAUCUGUUGAUCCUGUGGAAUCUUGA